AUGGAGACACCACAUCAAACGUUGAAGAAUGGCACAGUUGUCACAGAAUUUUUACUGCUGGGACUUUCUAGCAACCACAAAACCCAGCUCCUUCUUUUUGGUCUCUUUCUACUUAUCUACUUGGUGGCCCUGAUUGGGAACACUCUUAUUCUUCUCAUCAUCAGUUUCAACAAGAGACUCCACAACCCCAUGUAUUUCUUCCUGGCCAAUCUCUCUGUAGUAGACAUUGGGUAUACAACUUCCACUGUCCCCAAGAUGCUGAUGAAUUACCUCUCCCAGGACAAAACUAUCUCUCUAGCUGGUUGCUUCUCCCAGAUGUUCUUCUUCAUCUCCUUUGGAGGCAUUGAAUGCCUCCUGCUGGGUGUCAUGGCCUAUGAUCGAUAUGCUGCCAUCUGCCAUCCGUUGCAUUAUAGUGUGCUCAUGAGACCCAAAAUUUGUAUCUGUUUAGCAGCAGCUGCUUGGAUUUUAGGCUUGGCUAACUCAGGUGUGCACUCUGGUAUGAUGUCUCUUUUGUCUUUCUGUUGGGACAAUGUCAUUCAGCACUUUUUCUGUGACAUCCCACCCCUUUUCCAGCUGUCCUGUUCUGACACCCUGGCCAAUCAAAUUGCUAUUUUGGUAACCUAUAACCUUUCUGGGGGUAACUUGAUUGUGGCUUUUGGUCUGAUUUUUCUCUCCUACAUCCUCAUUGUCUCCUCAGUGCUGAAAAUGCAUACAGCUCAAGGUAGGAGCAAGGCGUUUUCCACCUGUGUUUCCCAUCUCACUAUGGUAAGCAUCUUCUAUGGAACCCUCUUGUAUACCUACAUAUGCCCUUCCUCCAGUCAUUCCAUGGAGUAG